AUGUCGAGUGCGGCCGAAUCGCUUUUGGCGUUGACGGGAAGACGAACAACGGGGCAAUCGAUCAGGACACAAAAUGUGACGGCAGCGGUGGCCAUUGCGAAUAUCGUCAAGUCAUCACUCGGACCGGUUGGACUCGAUAAGAUGCUGGUGGAUGACGUUGGAGACGUGAUUGUGACAAAUGAUGGAGCCACCAUUCUCAAGCAACUCGAUGUCGAGCAUCCAGCAGGCAAAGUUCUCGUUGAAUUGGCCCAAUUGCAAGAUGAAGAGGUCGGUGAUGGAACAACUUCUGUUGUGAUCAUGGCCGCAGAGUUGUUGAAAGCAGCUGAUGAGCUCGUCAAGGGCAAACUCCAUGCGACAACCGUCAUCAAUGGAUAUCGUCUUGCUUGCAAGGAGGCUGUGAAAUAUUUACAGGAAAACCUUUCCUUCUCAACGGAAGAACUUGGACGCCAAUCGAUUAUUGGAGUGGCAAAGACGAGCAUGAGCAGCAAGAUCAUCGGACCGGACUCGGACUUCUUCAGUGAGAUGCUUGUGGAAGCCGCUGAAGCAGUCAAAGUGACUGAUUCUACCGGAAAGGUCACUUACCCGAUCAAGGCCAUCAAUGUUCUGAAAGCUCACGGAAAGUCGGUUCGCGAAUCGAUUCUUGUGAAAGGAUAUGCUUUGAAUUGCACUGUGGCUAGUCAAGCAAUGCCACUACAAGUCCUCAACGCCAAAAUUGCUUGCCUGGACUUCUCGUUGAACAAAGCCAAAAUGCACCUCGGGAUCUCCGUUGUUGUAGAAGAUCCUGAGAAACUCGAACAGAUUCGUAGAGAAGAGUACGACAUCACAAAGCGUCGGAUCGAAAAGAUCCUGAAAGCUGGAGCCAAUGUUGUGUUGACGACUGGUGGAAUCGACGAUCUCUGCCUCAAACAAUUUGUUGAAGCUGGAGCAAUGGCAGUUAGAAGGUGCAAGAAGACUGAUCUCAAACGUAUCGCAAAGGCUACUGGAGCUACAAUGACAGCUUCGCUCGCCAAUUUAGAAGGAGAAGAAACCUUUGAUCCAUCGUUCAUUGGACACGCUGACGAAGUUGUCCAAAAACGUAUCUCGGAUGACGAAUUGAUUUUCAUCAAUGGUCCAAAAGCUCGCACGGCCAGCAGCAUUAUUCUACGUGGUGCCAACGAUGUAAUGCUUGAUGAGAUGGAACGAUCUGUACAUGAUGCGCUUUGCGUUGUUCGACGUGUUCUUGAGAGUGGUCGAUUGGUAGUUGGUGGAGGAGCCGUCGAGGCAGCGCUCAACGUUUGGCUGGAGCAUUUUGCUAACACUUUGUCUUCUCGUGAACAAUUGGCCGUUGCCGAGUUCGCGAGCGCUUUCUUGGUGAUCCCAAAGACGUUGGCCGGUAAUGCAGCCCGAGAUGCCACCGAACUUGUCGCCAAGCUCAGAGCUUUUCACAACAUCGCACAAACCGACAAGCAAAGGCCACAUCUUAAAUGGGCCGGCCUUGAUUUGGAAAAUGGAGAGAUUCGCGACAAUCGGGAAGCUGGAGUCCUUGAGCCGCUUGUGUCAAAGAUCAAGAGCAUAAAGUUCGCCACAGAGGCCGCCAUCACAAUCCUGCGAAUCGAUGAUCUCAUUAAACUUGAUAAGAUUGAGCCAACCGGCCGUCACGGCGAUGAAUGCCAC